GUUGCUUUCCUCUUUCGCUCCUUUCCAAUCCCCUCGGUACCCCCAACUCCCUACCCGCCGUUUCAGCAGAUUCAUAGCUGUUGAACGGAGGGGUACACGAGAUGAAGAUAAGAAUUCAUACCCGAAACAGACCCUUUAAACAAUCAAAAAAACCCGCACAAGAAAAUUUCCUUUUUUUAAGGUUUUGCAUGGAGACCUAGCAAAACCAUAUAAACUCAACAUUCUAUCGAUUAUAUCCACCGAUCUUGUGUUGUUUCCGUCAUUUUUGCAUCUCCCCUCGAGUAAUCAACAUCAUUCGAUAUUGGGGUUUUAUUAAAUUUUCUCCUUGAUCAUGUUCAUAUUGGUGAAAUUAAAGAUCAGUACAUCGUGGGUUGGGUAAACUUGAUUUCGUUCGAUCUUCCUGUUUAUCUGGCCGUGUGUACAAAAACCGGUGAUUGUAUUUCGUAUCUGGUUGUUUAGUAUUUUCAUGCUCAUCGUCGUUGCUUCCUCUUAUGAAAAAGGAUAGUGAGUGAAACUGAGAACUUAUACAUUAAUACUUGAAGUCAAUAUCCUACAUCGUUUAAAUCAUUUUAGAUGGGAAAUAGAUGUGGAGCACCAAGGUGCUUGAAGCAUGGAUUCUUUGGAUCCAUAUGGCGUUCAUUAUGGUGGUCUAGGUCACCAAAUUAUAUCCAAUAUGAAAAAAGAAGAGCAAGAAAUCAACGUCAUCAUAAACAUAAUAAGAUUACCAGACCUGUCCAAAAUACACCUCCACAUGUAGUAAUCAUAUCCAAUGAGGACCAUAAACCAAUGAAGCAACAAAGCAAACCGACACAGAAAAAUGAGACAUUUAACACCAUGAAUUCACAUCAUAGGAGAAGACAUUCAAGUGCAGGUCUUUUAGUUGAUAAAGUCUUGAAAAAGAAUACUGGAAAUUUAAGAGAUCGCUAUGCAGUUGGUUCAGAACUGGGACGUGGACAAUUUGGUACAACUUCCAUUUGCACUUCAAAGAAAAACGGGAAACAAUUUGCUUGCAAAUCGAUUUCCAAGAGGAAAUUAGUAACCGAUGAUGAUGUGGAAGAUGUUAGGAGGGAGGUUGAAAUUAUGCAUCAUUUGUCAGGACACCCUAAUGUGGUUUCCAUUGAAGGUGCUUAUGAAGAUGGUUUUGAAGUUCAUUUAGUGAUGGAACUUUGUAGUGGAGGUGAACUUUUUGAUAGAAUUUCUAAAAAAGGUCAUUACUCUGAACGCAAAGCAGCUGAUCUUCUUAAAACUAUUGCUAGUGUUAUCGAGGCAUGUCAUUCAUUGGGUGUUAUCCAUCGGGAUCUUAAGCCUGAGAAUUUUCUCUUUGUCGAUGAAGAUGAAGAUUCGUCUCUUAAAGCCAUAGAUUUUGGAUUAUCGGUUUUCUUUAAACCAGGUGAAAUCUUUACGGAUGUAGUUGGAAGCCCUUAUUAUGUUGCACCAGAGGUUUUGCAAAGACAUUAUGGUCCUGAAAUAGACAUUUGGAGUGCUGGUGUCAUCCUUUACGUUCUCCUUUCAGGGGUGCCACCUUUUUGGGGAGAAACACAGGAUGAUGUGUUCUUGGAGAUUUUACAGGGUGAACUUGACUUUUCCUUUGAUCCAUGGCCUUCUAUCUCUACAAGUGCUAAGGAUCUGAUAAAGAAAAUGCUAGUUAGAGACCGUUGUUGGCGACUAACUGCUCAUGAAAUUCUUUGUCAUCCCUGGGUUAGUGUAGAUGGGGUUGCUCCAGAUAAGCCGCUUGAUCCUGCAGUUUUGACUCGUUUGACUCAGUUUUCUGCCAUGAAUAAGCUCAAGAAAAUGGCUCUUAGGGUCAUUGCAUCAAAGCUCUCGGAAGAAGAAAUUGCUGGACUAAAGCAAAUGUUUAAGAUGAUCGAUGUUGAUAAUAGUGGCUAUAUUACUUUUGAUGAACUCAAGGAUGGACUCAAGAGAUGUGGUGCUGAUCUUGACGAAUCUGAAAUUCAUGAUCUAAUUCAGUCUGCUGAUAUUGAUAAUAGUGGAACUAUCGACUAUGAUGAAUUUGUGGCUGCAACUUUGCAUUUUACCAAAGUUGAUAGAGAGGAUCGUUUAUUUGCUGCUUUUGCAUAUUUUGAUAAAGAUGGGAGUGGUUAUAUUACACAUGAUGAACUCCAACAAGCCUGCAAAGAGUUUGGAGUUGCUGAUAUCUAUUUGGAAGAAAUUAUGAAAGAAGUUGAUCAGAACAAUGAUGGACGUAUAGAUUAUGGCAGAAUCUUUGUUUUAUUCUUCAGAAGCACAAAUCAAACCCUCAAAACUUCAUUCAAUCGAGGAAUGGAGCCUGGCAAUGGGGUUCACACUGAAGAUGAAAAUGGUGUUAUAAACGUGGUAGAUCAUGAAAACUCGAAUGAAGUUGAGGAAGGUCUCGAAUCAACAAAAGUGGAAGUGAGUGAAUCUUCUGAGAAUGUUAAUGGCACCAAAAUACCAAAUUCAAGUGAGGUUACUACUAAUGGAGGUACUUCAAAGAACAAUAAAGUAGCCAAAAAUGGCUCUAAAGGUAGCAUAUUGGCUCGUAAGCCAAAACCCCAUCUAACUCAAAGUUUAUCUUUCCCUUCUAAACCCCAAAACCCUAAUUCCAUGAGAGCUAGCAUUGAUGGGCACCCUGGAGUAAAAACAAAGGAAAAGAAUGCAAGUAUUGAUGCCACACCUUCUAGAAGAGCUACUUUGGAUUCGGUUCGCGUGUCACGUCCUAGGAAAUCUAAUGGAAGUGAAGAUGCCCCUGAUGGGCAGCAUAAGAACAGUGUGAUUGGCUUUUCUUCAAGGUUGGAAGAGCGUGCUGAAAAGAGAAAAGAGUUCUUUUCAAAGAUAGAGGAGAAGAUUCAUGCGAAAGAAGCGGAGAAAACCAACUUGCAAGAAAAGUCAAAGGAAAGCCAAGAAGCAGAGAUCAAGCAGUUGAGGAAGAGCUUGAUGUUUAAAGCUGCACCAAUGCCAAAAUUUUACAAAGAGCCACCUCCAAAAGUUGACUUGAAGAAGAUACCAACAACACGCCCAAAAUCUCCAAAACUUGGCCGGAACAAGAGCAAUGUGGGUAUCGGAACCAUCACAACAAAUGGUGACAAAGACAAAGACACUACUGCUCCUGUUGCUGUUGCUGUUUCCAAGAAACCACUCAGAAAAUCAGUAUCCAAAAAUGAAGUCAAACCUGGAAAGUCAAAGGAAAAGCCUGUAAAAACACAAGUCCAAGUUCAAGAAGAAGAAGAAGAAGAAGAAGAGAAACCAUCCAAUGAACAAUCCCAUGAUCCAAAUCCUCUUCAAGUUGAAGCUCGGAUAGAAGAAGAAGAAGAAGAAGAAGAAGAAGCAGAAGAAGUCAAUGGUGUUUUGUCUGCAGACAUCGUUGUUGGAGUUGUUUAA